UUCAGUUUUGGUGGACGUUGUUUACAAAUGACGUGAGAAUAAAACCACGAACCCCAAUUGAAAAUAUCCUUCCUCUCCAGUGCUUCUUCGGAACUACAAUUAUUCAAAGUGCGGAUAAACACAUGCGGAUACAUGAAUAUUGUAGAAAAAAAAAAGAAAAAUUAAAAUUAGAAGAAAAUUCUUGAAUUCUUUGUGAAAAACCAAUAAAAAUAAAUUGCUCAAAGGAUCUCCUCCUCAAUAAAAUAUAUAGAGACAUACAGAGUCCUGCUUCGGAACUCGUUAUACCUACCAACCAGCUCAAGUGCACUGGUUCGCUCGCUGGUGGUAUUCACUGGUGCUAUACAAACAGUUUUUGUGAUGAUAUAAGUGUACUCGUAUUAGAAUAACUCCACCUUAUAGAAAGGACUUUAAAAUAAAAUAAACAUAAAAUAGUCCUUUGAAUAAUAAUACUAUAAUAAAUAUUUUAAGAAUUCCUUCGACGAGCGUUGUGGAAGAAAUCAAUGAAAUUGUCUACCGAAGACAAUCCGCGGACAACGGAGCAGCUAGCGUUAAAAAUAAAUUAGGUACAAAACGGACUCCAUUUGCAGGAAAAUUUAUACUUCAAAGGAUAUAUACAACAGUAUAUUGUGUAUAUAUCACGUUCGCGUUCGAGUUACAGGGAUAUAUUGUCAUUGUUGUGAGUGAUAUAAUUAUUAUUGCAGGCAUUCCUCUACUUCAAGAAGAUAGCCCUGUUCACCAACCUGGAGUUUUUGCAUUACAAUAAACAAAUAACUACAUAAAUAUAGUUAUUUUGUGUUUUGAAAAUUUUGAUUUUAUUUCUUAUAUUCUUUCUCUCUCACACACAAUUCUGUUUGUUUUAUUUUCAAACUCUACAACACCCCCCUUUUUUAAAAAAUACUUUUGUCCCUAAUUUCAAUACAAAAGUGUAAAUAAUUACAUAAAUUAUAUAUAUUUCAAAGACAAUAUUAGUAAUAAUAUUUUUUCUAGUAACAAAAGCAAAAACAAAAAUCAUUACUUAGGUAAAAUAAAUUUCAAUUAAGCCAUCAAACACUUUUUAAGAAAAAAACAAACUUAAAAAACACAAAACACUCUUAAAGCAAACAAUUUCAAUUUUUAUCCACACGAAAUUGAAUUCUUCCAGUUGUUAUAAUUUUUGUUGUUAAUUUUUAUAUAUAAUUAAAAUAUAAAGUGUUCAAUUAUUUUUUUUUAAAUUAGUUCAUUCAUUAGUUAAGUUUUUUUUUGUUUUGUUUUUUAAGAACAAUGUAAAAGGCCAAUCGUUUUGGAGGGAUGCGUGAUACAAUUAAUUAAUAAAACCAAAAAUAAAAACAUAUAAAAUUAAAGUAAAAUAAAUAUAAAUACAAGAAAAAAAAAGAAUUUUAAAAAAUAAAAUAAAAAAAAUUAGAAAAUUGUACGAUAUACGAAAUCAUAAGAUACAUAUAUAUGCAGUUCAAACAAAACACAUUGUAAAAAGAAAAGAUUAAAACAAAAACAAAAUUCUUUAAAAUAUUUGUCUAAUAUUUCGGAAAAUAAAAACAAAAUAUUAUAUUUAUCAAGCAUAUUUCGCAUAAAAAAAAAAUGAUAAAAAUAUAAGCAGAAGAAAAGUAGAAAACAAUUUAAUUUUUGAUCAUUUUCAUUUCGAUUUUGAUUUUUGAUUUCUUCUUUGGUUGUAAUUUUUUUGUUUUCGGAAACAAAAUUCAUAUCGAAAAUAUUAUAUCGCAAAAAUUGAAAUCGCAUGUACUAAAAAAUAGCAAAAAAACCAAAAAAGAACAAAAUAAUAGAAAUUAAGUAUUUUUUGAAGAGUAAAUUUAUAAAACAAUUCAAAAUUAAUCACCGUCAUUCGAAAAUGAGAAGUAUGAGGAGUUCAAGCGGAUCAAUAUCAAUACACACGCCAACAGCGUCAACUAACAGUUUGGCUGGCAGUAAAGUCAGUCUGAAUAGCAGUCGAACAAAGUCAAUGCAUGGCGAGGAGGAACAGGAAAUCGAGACCUUCUUGGAGAAGGCAAAAUUUUACACAUCCGUGUGCCUAGGAACAACAGCAAUAUUAUCGGUUUUUGCUUUUUUGUUUUUAAUCCCAUUUGUUGUGGAUCCUGCAAUAUCAACAAUUAUUGCAGACUACGACCCAGUACCUGUUACAUGCAUUGUAAUCGAUCAUAUUUAUGCAGAAGGAAUUAAAAAUUGUACAUGGAGCUCAUGUAGAGAGGGUUGCACUUCGUCACUGAUUAAAUGCCAUCAACUGUACGUGAACUACACACGAAUUCCGUUUGAUGAAUGGCAAAAGAAUCCCAGAGACCUGGACACAGUUAUUUGGGAUGUAAGCUACACCAAAUUUUUAAUAAAUUCCGAAGGUUGUGGCUAUCCUCCAAUGACAAAUUGUAGUAUUUUUGCCAAGCAAUAUGGCCCCGUGGGAAGACCGUUUGCUUGCUAUUACAGUAGAGCGUAUCCCGAGGUUGUAAUUGGACGAUAUUCUUGGGAGGAUAAUCUCAAGCAUCUGGUACUAUCCUUAAUAAUACCAAAUGUCCUGUUUGCAAUAUCAAUUGGUGUCUUGAGUUAUUGGUAUUGUCCGUGUUGUGACAAGGCGUGUAAUAAAUCAUCACGGGUGUAUGCCGAAAAGUUUCCAACAAAAGAAGACUCGUAAAAAUCCAUGUUAUGCCUGAUAUAACUAUGUCGUCACUCUCUUGUUAAAUUCAAUGCGCGAGGAUCGCAAGAAUUAAUUUAUUAAAUAAAUAAUUAAUCAAAAAAAAGAAAUCCGUCCAAAUAAAUAAUAAAAAUGAAAAAAAAAAACUAAAUGCAUGUUAAUUGGUUUUAAUUGUUUGAGUUUUUAUAUCUUUAUUUAAUUUUUCGGUUAGUUUUUAUUUUAAAGAGUAUAUUGAAAAUUUUAGUUUUUUUGCAACUAAGCUUUAGCAAGCGAAAAAUAAUUAGAUUGUUUGUUAAUUCUUGUGGCAUGAUAUAGAUUAUUAUCUUUUGUAUUUUUUGGUUAUAUUUAAUGAGGUAAUAUUUGUGAGGUUUUAAUUGGCAAACACUCUAAAAACACUUUUAAAAUUAACACUCAACCAGUUGCAAGGCAAAAAUAAUUCUAUCUUUUUUUCAAUUUAAAUGUAAUUUUCUCUAAUAAAAAUAAAAUGUACCUAAUUUGUUGGGUUUAAAUCUUUAAAUUUUAUACUUUGAUACUAUAAUUGAAUAGGUUGAGCAAACAAACCUAAUUCUUAAUGGGACUUACAAGUAUUUGAAAUUGAACCUUAUUUGUUAACUGUUUGCUCCUGUAAACAUUAGACAGUAUAAUUUUCGAGCAGAAUCUAUAUUUUCGGUAGUUGCAUUGAAUUUUUGGUAGAGUAGAGAUAUACAAGCUAAACAUACCUAGGUUUUUUAAAGUACAACUAAUUCAAGUUCUUCAUAGAACAAAUAUUGAAUUGAAACAAUAAACUCUUAAGAGGCAACCUGAAAUGUUACUUCAAGCUUUGUGCUCGCUUUAGAUCGUAAAUAUCGUUAUAAUGAGUUCACCGCAGGAUUUUCUAUUUCGUCGCUCUUUGACGAAUAAAAGCUUUGGGUGUAUUCAUAAACGCAGAAAACCUGCCCUAAUACAAUCGCAAUUCUUUUCUGAUGCUUUUUUGAACGCACUAUUAAUGCAGAAUGUCUGCACUAAACAAAAAGUGGUGACUUCGUCCGAUUUUAAUGUAAACAUAGUUUAUAAUCGACAGAGAACCAAACAAAUGUUGUUGAACUUGAUUAAAAACAAUAAAUUAAAUUAUGUAUUUGUAUCAAAAAAUUAAUCACGAGUUAGUGCCGAUUCAUCCUUUUUAUUGUUGUAAAAAUUGUUUUAAUAAUUCCCGCUCUUUCUGCUGUCAAACAAAUUCAGCUGCACAAUCUGCCCGACGCUGACGACAGUUUGACGUUUAUGAACGGUAGGUACUGCAGUUCGACUAGGUUAGUUCGAUCGAAAAUCGGACUUUAUGAAUGCAGAACAAGUAGUUCUUAGUUAGUCUGACGUUUAUGAAUACACCCUUUAUUAUUAUUGCAGUUUUGUUUCUUUUGUUUAAAAAUCAGAAACAGCAGUAUCUUCGCUUCUGUCGGAAGGUUGAAGCUACAUUACGUUUUUCAAAUUUGGGGGUCGCCCUUUAUGGCACAUGAUAUCGUAAGGUCGGUAAAAUGACUGUAGAAAACGCGACCCACCCAACGCGUGGUUGUGGUUUAAGCAUAAGGCUGUUGCUCACUUCAAAGUUCAAAUGAUACAGACAGAACUACAUAGGUAAUUUCAAAAUUUGACUUGAUUGGUGUAUACAUUUAGGAUCUUGUAAGGGAAGAGUUGGCCACUCUUCUUAUGAUACAAGAACCAUAGAAUUGUUGAAAGUUUCUAAAUAUAAGCCUUGAAAUCAGGGCCAGAUUUAGAGGUCCAGAGGCGUCGGGCACCCAAAAUUAUUUUUAAAAUAAAGUAAACCUUUUUUGUCACUCUAGUUUUUGAAUUAUUAACUUAUUGUGAAACCAAGUAGAUUCGUUAAGUAGUGAAUUAACACAUGCAUAUGUAUAAAUAUAAACAGAAGAACGAAUUAUCUGAAAUUAAAUUUCGCCGAAAAAUCGUUGAUGAUUCCGUUGAAAUCCAGUUCUCGGAGUAAAUCGCUUUCAUUGCUCAGGAGAAAAAGCUUCAAUAGACGGUUUUGUCAAAUCGUGGUUCGAAGCCUAUUUUUUUAUAAUUUUCAUUUUUGAAAAUUAGUGCUCUCCAGUGCAAUUUGUUACCAUCGAAAUGAAACCAACUAAAUACAUUCUCAAUCCAAUUUCAAGGUUUUGGAAUGUAGCUCUGAAAUUUUGAUUUUCGAGAACUUGGUAUUAAAAUAGUUCCGGCGAUUGAUCUAUUCCAUAGUUCUUUUCCUUUUUGUAUGAGUCAAUCAAUGAACCAACUCAUUACCAGGACUAGGCUCUAAAUCAGCCGGAUACACUUUCACCAAUGCGUCUGCUGCAGGGUGCAAAUUAUCAGCAUCUAUCUUCUCGAUGUGAUUCAGGAUUCAAAAUCUUGAACGUACAGCUUCAUAGGCAUGCAAUCUUUCAGUAAGAGAAACGGAUAGCUUGUAUUUUUCCUUGGGUGAAAGAUUGUGCUUUCCCAUAAUCAAACAGAUUCAACCUCAAGUUUCUCGUUCUGAUGCGGCUGCUUCCUCGUAUUUAUCAAAAUCAUUUCGUUUGGAUUCCACGAAUGAUUUCAAUGAUUGUAGUGCACGCAUUUCCGAUUCAAGAAUCAUUUUCGGGUCUUGUAACAUCUUGUUUGUAGUGUUGAAUCGCUCCAAGAUAUCAUUCCAAAAUGUUGCAAACAAAGCGGUUUCGAGACCACUAAUCUUCUGUAGAAGGUGCGUUGCUUCAUUCCUCACGAUGUCUUUUUGCUCUUUAUUGGAAGAUAUGCUGGUUAGAGCUUCUUCGAAUAGCCGUCGACUAAGGCUUUCGUAGAUUCAGAUCGACAAGACCAACCAGUGUCGCUGAGCUUUUUCAAGACUAAAAACUGGCAUCUUUUCUUCUCUGAUAAUAUCUCAAUCAGAAUUCGGUACCACAUUGUACUGGGUGUGAAAAACGUGUACGAAUUCUGCACGAAAUCAAAGAAUUGAACAAUAGUUAGCAGCUGCCUUUCCCAGCAAAAAAAAAAUACAUAUCAGAGGAAAAGAUGUUCACUAGUGUUAACUUGUUGAAAUUUGAAACAAAAAUUUUCGAAAUCUCUACUGUGGGGUCCCCCAUUUGUGGAGGCCUCGGGGCUUCCAACCCGUUUGCCCUCCCUUCAAUCCGGCCUUGCUUAAAAUGUGCGCUUAAAAAACUUGAAUAGUUAAAAGUUUUGGCCAAGUUUCAAAUCAUUUAAUUUUGCUCCGUUAGAUUUCAAAAAACAACGAAACAGUAUUUUUCAUGUGCGAUACAAUUCACUAAGUUUUUUUUAAUCAAAACACUUUGGGGACCUAUAGCCAUUUAUAGAAAGCAAAAGGGCUACAUAAAUUAGGCAAGCCGAAAAAUCCUUUUCAGUUCAAAACUGGCCUAAACGUGCCUUCCAAUUUCGGAUAGUUUGACUUGUUGUGAUCGCAUCCAUUCUUUAGGUCAAAUAUAAUUUAAGAAAUGUAAGUGGUGUAUUUUAGUGCCCAGAAAUAUGAAUUGAAAAUGUUUUUUCAAAAGUACAGUUUUUAGACAGGGUUAUCAAAAUAUAUAAAUAUACUUCUUCAUUUUAUUAUUAGAAACAUUUUUUGUACGCCGUUUAAUGAACCAUCAAAGCUCAAAGCAGUUAAAAACAAUUGUUCAGUUUUGAAAAUAAACAAGGUUUCGUUCUAUUAUUGGGUCCAAAGUUAAUAACGGUCAUAACGAAAAUUAAGAGAUGACUUAACUUUAAACUUGUUCGAUCCGCAACCAUUGGAAAGUACAAAGUAUGGUUCAUCCAAAAAAUAAGAUUGAAAAAAUAAGAGCUUACUUAAUUUAACAAGCAAAACUUCAUGUGAGAGUUUGUCAAACUGUUUUUUGCUUUUAAAUGAGUAAAUAUACUUUUGAGUUAGUUCCAUUAAAUCUUUUUAAAUGUUCAUAUAUUAUAUAAAUAAUUAUCAAUAAGAUUUUAAAUAUUUAUUUAAUAAAGGUGCUUCUAGUCAAGGUUUUAGACCAACAAACUUAAUCUUUUUUUUAAGAAAAAUUUAAAUAAAACAUGUUUGCCUUGCAACUUAAUUAUUUAGUGAUUCUUAUUAGUGUAUCAAAAUUCAAAACUUUAUAAACCAUUUCAUUACUUUCAGCAUUACCAAAUCAAUUAAAUUUAGCUAAGACAUUACCAUAGUUACCCACAACGAAUUGGUUUACAAACAUAAAUUACAAAUAAAAACACCAAACUGGUUUCACAAACGCCAACACCACCAUCUCCACAGUACACAAAAAAAAAUAGAACAGUAUGGUCAAAAAAUCAAGCUCCACCUUAAAAUAAAAUCCAAUUUCCUUCUUUUUUAAAACCUUUAUUUUUUUUGUAGAUGUGAAGUGCAUGAAGUAGACAGAAUUCAAAAAAUAGAUAAAAAUACUAGAAAUUUGUUGCAUUUUAGUCUGUAAAUCAAUUUUAAAUCACAACGAUUUUUCUAAAUGCAACACCAAAAAAAAAACAAGACAAAAAUCAAAAAUACCAUAAAUUUCACAAUCAUUUUUUAGAAAACUUCUGUGUCGCAGCGAUGACGAAGAUGAUCUGGAGUACUAAAAAUAUUGUUUUAAACAAAAAAAUAUUUACAAAAAUAUUCUCCAUGUGUACCGAUUUGUAGAUAGAUUAUACAAAAAAAAUAUAAAUAUUGAAAAACAAAAUACGUUUUGCCAAAAAAAACAUAUAUAUAAAGAACGAUUUGAAUAACUCACUUAAAUUCUCAUUUGUUUUUUAUUGUUUUCAGUUGUUGUUGUUGUUAAUUUUUAUAUAAUUACAUUAAACCUAGAAUAUUAUUUUGUUUUGUUAUUGAUAAAUCUUUUUCAAUGCACAUUGUUACAGUAUUAUUAUCUUACUGCGUUUUCUAAUUAUUCUCAAAAAUAAAAUCAAUAAUUAAAAUAUAAAAUUAAAAAAAAAAAAACAAAAUUAGGCUGAAAUGUAAUACGUACGAUAAGGAUUUAUAAUAAUGGAAUAUUUUAUACCAAAUCAUAAAUUAGCGAAAAGAUUUAGAAAAAACAAAUUUGAAAAAUAUAAAACUUAAAAAAAAAUAUUGGCGUCGAUCGUAAUAAUAAAUUAGGAAUUUGCUUAUUCAAUUAAAACAAUAAUACAGUGUGGUGUGAAAUUAUUCUCAACAAUUCAAUUCAUUUUCAAGAUUUCUCACUCCUUUUAAAUUUGCAAUCGCGUAACAAAAUAAAUGUGUUUGUUAAGAUCGAUAACUGAUUUACUUCCAAUUUCACGUCGACAAUCUUCUUAGGAAAUUGGUGAUCUAACUAUACUAAUCUUAUUUAUUUAAAUAUCAUCGUUACAUAAAUUAAAUUAACAUAAUAUCUAUAUGUCUUCAAAAAGCGUUCAUUUAAAAAAAUUCAACGAAAAUUUUCACCACACUGUUUUCUGAAAAUUUGAUCUGCUAAGGCUAAAUUUUGAUUUUGAUUUUUUUUAUAACUUGUUCUUCGAUAAUAGAUACCUUCCCAAAAGUAUAAAUAUGUACAGAUAUUAUGUAUUAAUUUUAUGUUGUUCCUACCUAUAUAUCUAUCAAACAAAACAAAAAACAAAUAAAAUAUUUUCUUAAACCUUUAUCAAACUGUUAUUUAAUUUUAUUUAUAACUUAAAAAAGAAAAUCAUUGCUAGAAAAAUAUUUUUCGAAAAAAAAAAAUAAAAUAAAAAAAGAUGUGAUAAUAGAAAUAAUUUUCGAGAAAAAAAAACAAAAAAAUCUAUUAUAAAGAAAAUCUGUCAACAAAAAAAUACUAAGAAAAAAUUAGAUAAAGUUAUAUUUACAAUUUAUUAUAAAAAAAACUCUUAGUUAAAACUUAAUUGAUUAAAUGAUGGCCUAGAAUUUAAAAUUAAUUUAAAAAAAAUCAAAUGUGUUAUCUACACAACAUGUUUUGUAAAUAUUAAAUGAAUCUAUGCGGAUUUUAUUUUUAAUUUAAAUUUAAAACAAAAAGAAAACCAAACGAAAAAAUUAUGCAUAUAAAAAAAAGAAGAAAUUAAAGCGUGAAAAUUUUGUACUUUUGAAUAAGAACCAAACUCAAAUGGAAUCUUAAUUUUAGCUUUUAUGUGCAAAAAGCAAAUAUUAUACAUAAAAAAUAAAUAAACAAGCAAACAUAAAAUUUUCUUUAUACACAACAUAAUUUUAUUUUCUAAAUUAAAAAAAAAUAAAAGUAUUCCAGGAAAUUUUCUAAAAAAAAAAAACAAAAAUAAUAGCUUAAUAUAUUAUAUUUUUGCACUGCUUGAAAUAAACAAAAUAAAAAUAUACAAACCAUGAAAAAUAACAAAUUAACAAUUUUAUUAGAAACAAUUUCAAUCUAAUAAUCAUAAAACACAAUUUAAAUUUAAGUUUUCUUUUUUUUUAAUCUCAAUGAUAAACAAAACAAAAAGCAUAUUUAUUAACAAUCAACAAUAAUUGUAUUUGAAUCAAAUAAAAAAUAAAAAAAUGUUAAUCUUAUCUUUGAAACAAAAUAAAUUAAAAAAAUAAAUAAAUAAAUCGAAAUAAAUCGCAAA